AUGCGUGGUGCGAGAAUACAAGAAGUGGACGACAGUUUUUUUGAAAAAUUUGGAUCAAUUUUAAAACAAGCGUCCCAAAAAGCUGCUUUAGAGGAAUCUACACCGUUGGCUCCAUUAAAGGAAGAGGAAGAACAGGAUGGUGAGAAAUCCGCCACAGAAGUAUCUGAGAGCCGAAGUGUCACGCGCGACUCAGACAGUGGAAACGAGACUUUGAUCGAUACAGAUUCGGAGCCUGAAGAUCCGGAGAAAGUUGACUUUUACGUUGAAGCUGUUGGAUGGAAUUUGAUGAACUUGCGAUAUUACUACGACUCAUCGGUGGAUGAAUUAUAUUUGGAAGUUUUGUAUGAAAUUUUACACAAUGUCGGCGGAUGUGACGUAGGAUGUGAAGUGGGCCAGCAUGCUAUGCUGGGCUAUGUACAAGAAGCUUUUAAAAUCUCGAAUGAUAAACACAUAGAACUUCUAACACAAGCAGAGGCAAAAGAACCUCCAGAACUGAUGCUAAAUGUAGAAGUAGUAGAAGGAAAGGACCUUGUCCCCAAAGACCCUACAGGUCUUAGCGACCCCUUCGUGACAAUUUAUCUGAUGUCUAACACAGCACAUAGAUAUAAUACAUCUGUAAAAUCCGGAACUCUAAAUCCAGUUUGGGAAGAACAUUUUUCACUACCUAUGCCAGGUAAUCUACAGGAAGAUUCACUUUGUUUAGAAGUUUGGGAUUUUGAUCCUGCAGAAACAGUGAAAGAAAAAAUGACUAAAAUAUUUGAAGUAAAAGGUGUGAAAGGUCUUCGUAAGCUCAUGAAAGAAAUAGCCAUUACAGCAUCCACCGGAAAACAUGAUAACGAGUUGAUUGGAACCGCCAAUAUACCACUCAAAUCUAUACCAGCCGGAGGCAUGACGACGUAUUUAAAUUUAAAUAAAAAGAGCAAAUUAAGGAGACAAGGAGUGUUGAAGACUCGCUUUACUUUUUCAUCGGAAAAGAAUUCACAAGUGGCAGCUCAAGAACACAGACAUCUUUUGAGGAUAUUAUUACUACACGAGCUAGAAAGCUCAAAGGUAGCUCCAUAUUGGUGGUGUGGGAACUUCAGUGCGCCCGCUGAAGGCAUUCUAACACAGCACGCGGCGCAGAGCGGCCUGUCUCAGUCGGACAAUUACCUCGCGCAGUGGUCUGUGUACUGCGCCGUCACGACCGACCAUCCCUUGAGUUUCGCUCUCUUCAAUGGAUUGCUCGAUAAAGUCACUAAACAUUUGCAAUCUGGCCUUGUCAAUGAAGAGGAUGUUAAGCUUUUCUGGGAUGGAGCAAAAAAAUUACUACCAACAUGCUACAGCCAUAUACGGAAGCUAAGAAAGAAGACGGCUGGUGACAAAACAGUGCUAAAAACUCUUAGGGAAGUCCUGAAUGUUCUUUACAAGUUAUCAAUAUUAGAUCUACCGGAGUCAAUUGAGCUGUUUCCUGUCAAUUUGUACGGUUGGUUAAGAGAUAAGGACGAUGGCACUAAACUUUCGAUCCUUGAGGUUUUGAAUCAAGCAGUUAUACAGGGCGCUUCAGAUUGGUUCGUCCAUAUAUUAGAUAAUAAUGAAUGUAAGGACAAAACUGACGAGUCCAGGUUGCAACAUUUGAUCAGAGUGAUACAGCUAGUGAGAUCAGAUUUGCAAAGGGCUGUGGAGUAUUUCGACAGAGUUUUUGUUGAAGUAAUGUCUUUCCCCUAUUCAAAAGCAUUAUACGGAGUAUACGAAGAUAAAAUAGCGUCUCUCGUCGAGCCAGAGGUGACGCAAGUGUGUAAGAACCUAAAGCGUUUACGUUAUAGUGAAGGAUCAACAAAUAGUGUGUACUUGGCCGGUGGUCUUAAUGGGGAUACGGGGUUAGGAACACCCGAAGUGGGAAUGGAACCAUUGGCGAUGGGAACUACGUUGUUUGAACUGUAUCUGGCUCUGCAAAGGUUUUUGACAUUGGGUCAAGGUCUUAACGAAACAGAAUGGCAUAUCUACAGCAUAUCUAAAUUUCACUCGUGGUUUUUCGGCGGAGUUGCGCAAUGGUUAGACAUCGCCGCGUACAAAGCGCUAACUCGAAUAGAAAAGGCCGUGGAACUGGAUAAUUUAGUGCCAGUCGAUACUAAUGUGAAGUAUAGCAGUUCCGGAGUAGAUACGUUAGCGAUUUUCUACCAGAUAAAGAUAUUCUGGCAACAGCUGGCGUGGCCGGACGUUGAGGGAUGUUAUACUUUUGUUGCUAAGAUUGUUGACGACAUUUGUCGGUGUUGCGUAUUUUACUCAGACAGAAUGGCAACUAGGGUUGGAACUGUUGGUACAGUGAGUACAGUAUAUGAGGAACGUUUCGAAGUGACGACGGAGUGGUGCGUCGCCAUCAACAAUAUAGAUUAUGUGAGGCAGAGUCUACAGCCAUUCGUACAGGAACUUGGCAUGGAUGAGAUUAUACAGAAGAUGUGUGAGACUAGAUCUCCUUUGGAAGCACAAAGAUGUAAGGAGACUCUGCAGAAUGUCAUCGCUAAUGCCAUUGAUACUGUCAAGAAUAAAAUUGUUGAUCUGUUAGAAGUUAUGAUUAAAAAGAUGAUGCCAUCCAUAACCCGUUUCCUAAUAGAAGGUGCAGAACUGCUCCAUCAAGACUGUUCGAGCAUGGACCGGGUGAUGCGAUAUCUAGAAGCUAAUCUCGAUACAUUGUACCAACAUCUCAAUAACGAAAACUUUUCCAGAACAUUGGAUAUAGUUUGGGAACAACUGGGCGAAGUUUUGUAUGAACUCAUACAAGCUAAUUUGGAGCACCGAAAGGCAAAAAUAACCCGAUAUAUCGACCCGAGGCGUUUGACCAAAUCCGUUGCCGCCAAUCUAGAUUCGAAACGACGGCCGCCAUCUUUCUUUUCUAACUUACAUGAAUGUCUGAAAAUUAUGGUGCGCUCAUUCAGACAAGAUAACAAAGAUAUUUACACGUCGGAUACGUUAAAACGAGUGGAAUAUUUGUUGAAAAUACAUGGAAUGGAGACAAGGGAACUGAUCCAUCAGUAUCACUUGGAAAGAUGGCAGGAGCAACAAGCAAUAUCUGAGCCGAAAAUGGGGUUGUUGACUGUCAGGGCUCAGUUCAUUGAAAAUAAUUUGAAAAUAGAAAUAAUGAACGCUAGGAAUUUAAUGGCCACUGAUUCUAAUGGUUUAUGUGAUUCAUACGUACGUGUGGGCUUACUUCCAGAAGAUUCGUUUGUGAAUGUCGAAAAGCCCAAAACACAAACGCAUAGCAAAAACCUCUUUCCCUUAUAUGAUGAAAUGUUCCUAAUACAACUGACACCGGACCAGCGUCGUAUUCAAGACGGUCUCAUCCACCUGGUAAUCAAAGACAAGGAUAUGUUCAGCGUGAGCAACACUUUUGUGGGGGAAGCUUAUCUACACUUUAGCGAGGUCCCGGACACGCCCGCGCCCAUAUCUAGCCUGCCACAGCAACAUCUACCGCUGUCAAGACCCGCUAAUAUUGACGGAGACGCAAUGAAGGCCAUAGAGUCUAGACAGGGAGACAAACAAGCACGUGAGUUCCUCAAGAAACAAAGACAAAAAAUGCCAACCAAACAAUUUUUCUCGCUAGGA